AUGAGUGCGUUACAGGGUGCAGCAAAUAUCUUCGGCCGUGGCACCGCUGCUGGUGAUGCCAUCUACCGCUGCUACGCGCGACCAAUGAAGGAAAGUACACUUGACCCGGAGCUUCUCGCAAGGCUGCAAAAGAUGCGGGCAGAUCGGGAGGCGGCGGAGGCGGCGAUGUUGCAGCCAAAGCCCGUGCCAAAGUCGAAGGCGAUGAUUAAUCGUCCCCGUGUGGGUUUGGGUCAGCGCAUGACGGAGGAGGAGAUCGCAAAGAGACGCCUUGCGGCGCUUCCUCGCAAGAAGCGGGAGGAACACAUUCAGCGGGAGUUGCGGGCGCGCCGUCCGCCAUCGCCGCCGGCGUACGCGCGCCCCCCCCAUCACCUUGGCGGAAAAGGAGCGUCUUGGGCAGAUAUUUCAGUUUGGAGAGCAGCCGGCCAAGCCGACGGAGUUCACAGGAGCAAAUCGGGUACGGUACGCCCUGAUAGAUCAACGCUUCCGACUCAAGGAUCGCUUUGA